CGUGGAUUCGGGGCAAAGUGCUGCUGAUGUAAACAUGCGAACUGUAUAUUUUUAAUGUUGUCUCGCGUGUUCACAGGAUGUUCGCGAAAAUGCUUUAGAUGUGUGAUAUCAACGUUUGAUAAAACUAGGUCAAUCUUCGGCAGAUUGAAAAACUCGAAGCUACAUGGUGUCUCCCGAAACUUGUUUUAUCUAUAACUAAUUAAAAUUUAUCGAUUUACAUCGAUUAUUUUUCACAAAAAACUUGAACGUGGUAGUUAAACAUUACGCUGCAUUUCACGCAGAUUAUUUAAUCCGCGCUUAAGGUUUGAAAAUGAAGAAAGGACUUGCAGUAUAUGGCUCCCCACAGCUGUAGAAGUUGUCUGCACUAUAUGAUGACCGGCAGAAUGUCAAAAUCAGAAGAUAAAGCUCGUGAAGCACAAGUGAAUGGCUUGAUGCAUGAUGCAUCUGACUUUCCAUCGAUGCCCUGGUUUGGAAUGGACAUAGGGGGUUCUCUAUGUAAAUUGGUGUAUUUUGAACCUAAGGAUAUGUGUAAAGGCGAAUCCGAGUCGGAAAUUGAAAUUCUGCGGAAUAUAAGGAGGUAUUUAACAAAAAACUCGGCCUAUGGGAAAACAGGACACAGGGAUAUACAUCUCCAGAUGGACAAUGUAUGUAUAAGAGGUCUUAUUGGCACUUUGCACUUUAUCCGAUUUCCUACUUCGGAAAUGAAAAAUUUUCUCGUGCUUGCUAAAUACAAGGGCAUGGCCAAACUGGUGACCACUGUAUGCGCUACAGGGGGCGGCGCCUACAAAUUCGAAGAAGACUUUAAAAAAGAGGUUAAUUUGAAACUCGCUAAAUUCGACGAGUUCGAAACGCUUUUAAAAGGGCUCUUGUAUGUGGACAAGAAUAACUCCAAAGAGUGCUACUAUUGGGCCGAGCCCACAGACGAGACCAAGUGUGCCAAGGUUAAAUACGAUUUUUCCAGUCCCUAUCCGUUUUUGAUUGUCAACAUCGGGUCUGGGGUCAGUAUUUUGGCCGUCUACUCGUCCAGCAAUUAUAGGCGAAUAUCAGGAACGAGUAUCGGCGGCGGCACUUUUUUGGGGCUUUGUUGUCUCUUAACUGGCUGCAACACCUUUGAGGAGGCGAUCGAAUUAGCGGCUGAAGGUGAUCAUACUCACGUCGAUAAAUUAGUUAAGGACAUUUAUGGUGGAGAUUAUGAAAAGUUUAAGCUUCCGGGGGAUUUGGUGGCAAGCAGUUUUGGUCAGAUGAAUUCAAGAGACAGGAGAAGCAAAGUGAACAGGCAGGAUCUGGCUCGGGCCACACUGGUUACAAUCACUAACAAUAUCGGUUCCAUAGCAAGAAUGUGCGCCAUACAAGAGAAAAUUGAUAGGGUGGUAUUUAUAGGCAACUUCCUAAGGGUGAAUCCCAUAGCGAUGAAACUGCUGGCCUCGGCCAUGGACUAUUGGUCCAAGGGAACCAUGAAGGCCCUGUUUCUAGAACACGAGGGAUAUUUCGGGGCUGUGGGAUGCCUGUUGCAGUAUCACGCGGAGACUAAGAGCUGAGACUAUGGGAAAUGUGGCCCCGACGGCUUGCCUUGCGGAUUUUAUUGUUCUUUACAAACAUUCCGAUCUGUUUCAUGUAAAUAUAUCUUACGGGGAUUUGGCAACACAUAAUUUAUCAUUAAUUAAUCAUUGUACCCUUAAGAACAUUAUUAAAAUGUUUUUGAAGUUUUA